UUUUGAUUGGUAGAAACAGACGUCAUAUGUUUAUCUUUACCUACGAAUAUGUAGCCACGGAAACAUUUUAUCUCGAAAAUGACCAAAAGGAGUGUGGAUUGUGGCUCGUAAAGCGAUUAGCAAUAUUAUUUUAUUAGUGCAGUUUGUUAAGUGUGACAGAAAAAUGAGAAAGCUCCUAAAUUAAACGAGAAAUGAUAAUAUAAUUCUUGCGAACAAUACAAUCGCCAACUAUAAUAACCUUCAAAGUCGUAAAUAAUUUCUGCAUGCAUUUAAUUUAUGGUAUGUUUAGAAAUAAUCUAAAAUGUAUAUAGAAUCAACUCGUAUUAAUCUACGACCAAGAAGGAAAACUAAUCUUCUCUAUCGAUAUGGAUAUGUUCUCUUAAUGCUCAUUUGCAUGAUAUUUGCAUCUAUUCAACCACAAAUUGGUGGAACAAAUGGUAUAAUCAAUGGUAAUUUUAUCAUUCGCUAUAUUGCUGUGCCUUUGACAUAUUUUGAAGCUGGAUUAUUGUGCGAUCCUAAGUCUCUUUAUUCAACAUUAAGGGAUGGCUAUCUUCUGACAUUUGUCAUGACUUUCAUAUAUAUUUUGAUGCCCUUUUUAGCACGCAUAGGGACCUAUUUAUUGACUUAUGCAAAAGUUAAUGUAUGGUUACUCAAAGGAAUGGAGGUGCUUUAUUGCAUGCCACCACCAUUCACUACAGGACUUGCUUUAUGCCGUUUGGCACAAGCUGAUCUGCCUACAAGUGUAAUUACUACAUUGGUAUCACAUUUUGGAGGAUUAUUUUUAUCUCCUAUUUUACUAUAUCUUAUGUUAGGAACAUCUACUCCACCACUGGUUGGGAUCAACAUCAGGGAGACCAUAUACAGCACACUGAUUCCAUUAGGCAUGGGUAUCAUGCUACGGUCCUUUAUAUUGAAAGACAGAUAUUUGAAUGUUAACACAGGAUGGUUUUCCCAAGCAUUAUUGUUAACAAUAGCGUACCACUGGUUCUGCGAUGCUGUUUUGGCAGAUGCUUCAUCGUUACAAGCAAUAGAUAUACUGUUCUGUGUACUUAUCGCGUGCUUGGGUCAGCUCCUUCUCAGCAGUUUAUGUUGGAUCUUGUGCUCUCAAUGGUUGCCACGGAAUAUUUUGUUAGCUGCAUUAUUCACCAGCACUCAUAAAUCUGUUGGUCUUGGCGGUUGGAUUUUACGAGGGGCAUACCAUGGUUCAAUUCAUGGACCAGCUGUGAACUUACCACUAACGAUACUACCUGUUGCACAAUUAUUAUUAGGUAGUUUGUUAGCCAGUUGGCUAGCUCCAUAAUAAAAAAAUCUAGAGUUUUUAUUAUACUGUUUUACGAUGUCCAUAUCUCAGUUUGCAGAGAUAUGGGUUUAUCUUCUAGUCUUCAAAUAUAAUAAUAAUUCUAUGUAUAUUUUA